CACAUACAGUAGAUGAUCGUUCAUGUUGUGUUGGUAGUGAGACACAACACUGUACGAGUUGUGACGAAUUUUGUGAAGACUCAGAUGGUUGUCGUCUAUUAGUUGUAAACUGAACCAAGAUAAGGCUAAUCUAGUCCAAAACUUUAAGUGUGUGAAUAACAGAUGUUGAUUGAAUGUUUCGGUUAGCAUCUUCCUUGUUGCCAGAGCGGGCUGUCCAGACCCUCACUGCUGCCUAUUUUCGAGCCAACGCUUGGUACAACGUGGGUGGAGGUAAACAUCACAGCUCCCAAACUGCCAUUGAUCACACCAUGAUGAAGGUCAAAAUACUACCAGCACUUUCUGAUAACUACAUGUACCUGUUAAUGGAUGAAAACAGUAAAGAGGCAGCAAUAGUUGAUCCUGUAGAGCCCAAGACUGUGUUAGCUGCUGUAGAAGAGGCCGGAGCAACCCUCACUACAGUCCUCACCACCCAUCACCACUGGGAUCAUGCUGGAGGGAAUAAAGAAUUGGUUGAGCUGUUUGGGAAACCCCUGAAAGUGGUAGGAGGAGAUGAUCGCAUCGGUGCGCUAACCCAGAAGGUGAGCCACGGGGACACGUUCACCAUCGGCUCCCUCAAGGUGGAGUGUCUGUUCACACCUUGCCACACACAGGGACACAUUUGUUAUAGUGUUACUUCAGAUGACCCACAUCACAAGCCUGCAGUAUUCACAGGAGACACUCUCUUCCUCGGUGGUUGUGGCAAAUUUUUUGAGGGAAAUGCUGUUGAGAUGCAUAGAGCCCUUAUUGAAGUGCUUGGUGCUCUACCAGACCACACGCAUGUUUAUUGUGGACACGAGUACGCCAUACAAAACCUCAAGUUUGGUGCUCAUGUAGAACCAAACAACACAGCAAUACAAGAAAAAAUAGCCUGGGUUCAGCAACAACGUGAUGAAGGGCUGCCUUCUGUCCCCUCUACCAUAGGUAAUAGUGUGUGCUGCCUGCCUUCUGUCCCCUCUACCAUAGGAGAGGAAAAGCAGAUUAAUCCUUUCAUGCGAGUGACCGAAGCUUCAGUUCAACAACAUGCUAACACUACUGAUGCUGUAACAACUAUGGCUGCCAUCAGGGCCGAGAAGGACAACUGGAAGGCUCCCAAGCUUUAAAUUUGAACCAGUGUUACUUGAAUGGUCAACAGGAUGUAGAACCUUCCCUUACAAAGACAUGGUCGCUCCUAUUAAGAUUAGAUGAAAACCCUCUUAAGAGAAAGGGUCAUUGUAACAGAGUGAUGUACUGUACUGUAGCAACCAUCUGUGGGGUAACUCUAACGUUAGAUGAAGGUUCAGUCUACAGUACUAUACCGUUAACAAGCUCAAGCCACAGUGCACUGUACUUUUUAUUGGGAUGAUGUACUGUAUAGUACUGUAUUAUAAAUAUUGUUCACCUUGUAGUUCAGUACAGUAUUACAAUCAUUGUAGUUCAGUACAGUAUUACAAUCAUUGUAGCUCAGUACAGUAUUACAAUCAUUGUAUCUCAGUGUACAGCAUCAUAUAAUGAUCUUGGACACUACACUGCAGUACAGUACAUAAAUCAGUCAAAAUAAGAUUUAUAAAGUGCUAACUUUACCAUCAAGAAGAUUUACAUCACAAGUCUUAUAAUUACUUUUUGCUCAUAAACUUAAACAGUAUAGUUCAGUUAUAAACUACUUAAGGGUUUCAAAUUUAAUAGAAAUUUUGUCAUUACUGUAAUUAAUUGUAAAUGUAGUACCUAUUUAAAGUAAUUCAAAGCUUGUAUUUAGGACAAACAAUAUUGAAACAAUAUGUGUGAAAACAGAUGAACAUGACUGAUUUUGUAGUUAGAUAUUUUUCUUCUCUCAUUUCAAAUUGUUCUUCAAAUAGAUUACCAGGUAAAGGCAUUUUACUCUCACAUUCAGAUAGAUAACAUCUCCACAUAGUGAAUAACAGGUUUUCUUUACAUUAUGUUGUACAGGUAUAGUGAAUUACAAGUAUACCCCACAUAAUGUUGUAUAGUGAAGUACUAUACAGGUAUUACAGUGGAUUACAGUUUGUCCUACACAAUGUUGUACAGUAAAGUGAAUUACAGGUUG